CUUUUCCAAAGCACUACCUCGAAUAAAAAUGUACAACCCCCGCAGCAAGUAGCGUAACAACCAGGCGAAUCAAAACUCAACAAAAAAAAACCAUUCCUUAUUACAAACCAAACAUAAUUCACAUCAUCUCAAUUCUCACAUUCUCACCCCUCCCAAACAUUUCUCUCUCCUCAAAACCCCCUUCUUCAUCCAAGCUACACUUUCAUCAUCAAUGGAGUUCACACCACAACAACUUAAACAGUACGAUGGAAGUGACCCAUCAAAGCCCAUUUACGUCGCAAUUAAGGGUCGGGUUUUCGACGUUAGUACUGGCAACAACUUUUAUGGGCCUGGAGGUGCAUACGCCAUGUUUUCUGGCAAAGAUGCAAGUAGAGCUCUUGCUAAGAUGAGUAAGAAUGAAGACGACGUCGUUUCUUCCAUUGAUGGACUUUCUCAGAAAGAACUUGAUGUUCUUGCUGAUUGGGAGAGGAAAUUUGAAGCUAAGUACCCUGUUGUUGGCCGUGUUGUUUAAAACUUUUAAAGAAAUUAUAGAGUAUGGUUUUAUUUUACGCUGUAUGUUAAUAAUUUCAUGGGUUAAAUGAUGUAUUGUUGUUAUCUCAUGUGUUGGAUUGUUAAAGUGUCUAACUUUGUUGAAUUGUUGCUGGUGUAAUUUGAGUUUCUGGGUUGUUAAUGGAUUUAUGUGAUAUUACUGAUAUUUGGUA